AUGUCCUUCUUCGGCCCACCCUUCCUCAACUCCUCGUACUCCGGCCCUGACACGAUAUUCUCAAACGCCCCAAUCAAAACAUCCAAAUCGCUCAUCACCUCCCACACAUUCACAUACCGCCUGUCCGGUCCCUUUCUCAGCUUCCUCAGCGCACUCUGCACCGCCAGCUUGCGCGCACGCUUCCCUGGAGACAUCUCCUCCUCCUCCGUAUUAUCUUCGUCUCUCAUCGCCUGGGCCAGCGUCCGGUGCUUGGGCUUCUCGUCGAACUCGAAAAGCCGGUCGAUGUACUCGUCGCUGCGCUCGUUGGGGAUGGGAUCGGUAGGGACGUCGCCCUCGUCGUCGCCCUCGUCGCCGGUCCAUAGGGAUUUCUCGUCGUCGCUGUCGGCGUCGGAGGACCAGAUGCUGCGGAGCUCGUCGCUGUCGUCGGCGUCGACUCUGGGGUCAGAACGGACACGGGCCCGUUGCUUGGCCUUUUUGAUGUCUUACUUGAGUUGGAUGUUGGGGUUGGAGUUGGGGUCGUUUUCGUCGUCCUCGCUGGCGGUCCAGAGGUGGUCCUCGUCGUCUUCCAUCUGGCGGGCCCACUUCUCGCGGAACUCUUUGGGGUUCUUCGGCAGUUUGCCGCCGAAGAGGUCGUAG